AUGCAUUGGACCCCGAAUCCCCUGGCUGCUGACAUCGCCAUUGUCGACGAGAAGUACAAGUCGCCGAAGUUUAUGUGCAUGCCGUGCUGGGCCAAUUGGGGCGACCUCGACGGCGACAAGGACCCAGCAGCUUGGCUCGCUCAGAGACUGGAUUUCGCCCGUCGCGCCGAUGAGGUGUGCGCUUGGAAGGGGGUGGAGCGCAACCAAAUGACACGAUCUAUGUCGAGCAUGGCCAUCCGUUGGGACACCUUCAAGCCAGCAAUGGAUUUCAUGAAUGCCAAUGGCAACCGGUGCGCGUGCUGCAAAGUCAUUCAGCCAUGGGAUGGGGAAAAAGCACUUGGUACGAUCGUUACCAAGACCGCGGGCACCGUCGUGGGACUUGCAAGUACGGUAACUACGUUCGUCUGCUCCGAGUGCAGUAAUGCGUGGUGGAGGGAGAACAAGAAGAAAGAGCCGGCGGAUGGUCGAACUUUCACCACGAAUCGCCGCACCAAAGCCGGGACUUUGGUCCAAUUCCCAGUUGAUUGA